CGUGGCCGCGACACCCAGCUUUGAGUUUCAGCCGCCGAUCUCUUUGAUCGAAAUCGACCCUUCUUUCGUGAGCAGAGCUAGAAUUAUCAAAUUUGUUGAACGCAUGUAGAACGCGUCCAUAGCAUGUUUCGCUCGUUUUUGCAAGGGUGAACAGAAGUGACAUACGUACGUCUAUUUUUUGAGUGUAUGGAAAAAAGAAGAAGUUCUUGAAAGUUGAAAAUCGCCGAUCAAAUAAAAUCUACAGCGCGGCAAAUAACCUCGGGCUACGUUUCCGGAACGUAUUUACUCGAUCGUUUAUAUAGAGAAGUAUCAGCUGAAAAUAUCACAUGGCGUUGACUUUGAGAAAACCUCGUACUUUAAAAAUUUUUCUGCAAAUUUGUAUCAUCAUGUCAAUCUUCUGCUCCACCGGAUAUGCGGCCGGAUGUCUAACCUAUGGGAAUGCUUGUUGGGGAGCGCAUGGGAAACGCAGCGAUGUUCGAGAUAUACCCUUGCGUAUUUUGGCAUCCAAGACUCUGCUGAAUGGAUCCCCGGAAAAUGGCAUUACACCUUCUAAGACACAAUGGGUUCUAUCCCGUUUUAUUACUGGACAGUCCAUGUUACCGUUGACGGAUAAAUAUCGCGUCAGAUGGGAUGACUUGCUUAAGGAUAAAUCCUACGUUCAACCAAAAUGGGAUCAUGACACGUUACCAAUGGUUGACGAAAGCAUUGAAACGAUCAGAAUUCCAAUUAACAAUGAAAAUAAAAACGAUGGUAGGAAAAUUAGCAGCACACAAGAUACAAUACGUAAUAUGAACAAAAAAUUUAAAGAUAAUCCGGAAAUUUUUUUAAUAUCACCUGAUGAAUACGAUAAGCCAAUAAACAGUCCUCAAAAGUCUGAUAUAUUCAAAUUUCUGAAUGAGGGGAAUGGAGAAACGAAAUAAACGGAAUACAAAAGACUGCAAAAAAUUGCGACAAAACAGUUUUCAAAGAACAGAUCUUAACAUUAAAGUAAUAAUGUAAUAAUUCUCUGUAAAAAAUAUGUGUAUAUGUUUUCUUAUUAAAUUCCAAUUUGAUUUGGUGUUCUCCCUCUCUCCUUCUCUCUCUCUCUCUCUCUCAUUCUCUCGCUUCUCUUCUCUUUUCGGAUUAUAAAUCUCACAUUGAAAAUUACAUUUAUCUCAUAAAACUUUCAGUAACUUAUAAUAGCGAUUUUAUUCUAAUCUUAAUUGCAUAAAAUAUUCAAUAAUAAAAAUUUAACUAAUUUUUACAGUAUUCUGUUUCAACUAGAGACUGUACAUGUAUAUUUACUAUAGAGCAAUUAUUUAUUUGAAAUUGAAUGCUUUUUAUCUUCCUGCCACUCUGUAAAUUUUAUCCGAAUAAAUCUAAAGUCUUAAUUUUAUAAUAUUUAAUUAAUGUAUGCAUAUUGAAAAAUAACUGAAUUAAAAAGCAGUAACAAUAAAAUUUUCUAAAAGUAUAUACACGUAAAAAUGUAAAAAUAAGUUCAAAUAUUUAAUUUAGUUUUGACACUCUCUUAGCGUCUAUUAAUUUUUAUCUCAUAUUCUUUACACAAUAUAUCGAAAAUAUAAAUAAAGUUGUUGACUACAAUAUAAUAAAUAGUGACAUAAAUUAUUACAUAAAAAAUAAUCAGCUUUAAAUUGAUAAAAAGUAUCAAAUUUUGGUGAAACUAUCGCAUUAUGUAUAAGAGAGAGAUAAAUAAGAUAAAAUGCAAGUCAAAUAUAUAA